GAAACUUCUCACCCACCAACCCUCACACUACACACACAAACACAGAGAAAAAAAAAGAGUGAGUUAGUGAUAUGUGUCCUUCUGGGUUUUCAUCAUCUUCCACAGCAGAAGAAGUUACUCUUGGAAUCCAUGGUGAUGGUCUCACUGCAAUUGUCACAGGAACAACGCAUGGUAUUGGCAUUGAGACUGCAAGAGUUCUUGCUUUGCGUGGUGUCCAUGUGAUUAUGGCAGUGAGAAAUGUGGUUGCUGCAGAAGCUGUCAAAGAAGCAAUCCUCAAAGAGAUUCAAACAGCCAAAGUUGAUGUCAUGGAGUUAGAUCUCAGUUCAAUGGCAUCUGUUAGAAAAUUUGCAUCAGAGUUCACUUCAUCUGGUUUACCAUUGAACAUCUUGAUAAACAACGCAGGGAUAACUGCAACCCCUUUCUCACUGUCUAAAGACAACAUCGAACUACAAUUUGCCACAAAUCACUUGGGCCAUUUUCUUUUAACACAUCUUUUAUUGGAUACUAUGAAGAAAACUGCAAGUGUAAGCAAGAGAGAAGGAAGAAUUGUGAAUGUCUCCUCUGAUGGUCACCAAUAUACAUAUCCUGAAGGAAUUCGUUUUGAUAGAAUUAAUGAUCAAUCAAGUUUCCAGCUGUGGCAUGCAUAUGGACAAUCAAAGCUUGCUAACAUCUUACAUGCCAACGAACUUGCAAGACGUCUUAAAGAAAAUAAGGUAGAUAUUACAGCAAAUUCUCUUCAUCCAGGAGCAAUUAUAACCAAUAUUUAUAAGCCAGAGAUUAGUGGUGCUGUGCCAAGAGAUUUAUUGGAUAUGCUUGGCGAUUACGCGUUGAAAAGUAUUCAACAGGGAGCAGCAACGACAUGCUAUGUAGCUUUGAAUCCACAAGUGAAGGGAAUCAGUGGCGAGUACUUUUCAGAUAAUAAUGUGGCUAAAGGAAGCUCACUGGCAAAGGACACUCAUUUGGCUAAAGAACUCUGGGAUUUCAGCAUGAAGAUAAUUGAUCAGAAUACCCAUGAAUGAUGGCAUACAGUUUCCUAUGUCACUUGAAAGAACCAUUGCAGUGAAAGAUAUUCAUGAAGUUAUAGUCAGAGUGAGAUAGAAAUUAGUUUUGUUGGGGUGUUUAUAGAUGAGAAAACAGAUGAUGAUCACGACAUAAUAACAAGGAUGAUUAUAGCAUUAAUAAUGAUAAUAAUAAGAAUGGCGUUUGGUAAUCAACAUAGACAACCGAACAAACUCAUGAUAAAAAAAAGAAAAGUUAUAUUUCUUUUUGUAGAAGACAAUUGUAUUUUAACACCAAUUUAUUUUU